GUGACCCGAGGGGCGUCCCGCGCGGGGGGCGCACGAGCCGCGCCAUGGAGGAGGGCUUCAGGGACCGCGCCGCCUUCAUCCGCGGGGCCAAGGACAUCGCCAAGGAGGUGAAGAAGCACGCGGCCAAGAAGGUGGUGAAGGGCCUGGACCGCGUGCAGGACGAGUACUCGCGGCGCUCCUACUCGCGCUUCGAGGAGGACGACGACGACGACGACUUCCCCGCCCCGGCCGACGGCUACUACCGCGGGGACGCGGCCGCCGACGAGGACGAGGGCGGCGCCUCGAGCGACGCCACCGAGGGCCACGACGAGGACGACGAGAUCUACGAGGGGGAAUACCAGGGCAUCCCGCGCGCCGAGGCCGGGGGCAAGGGCGAGCGGCUGGCCGACGGGGCGCCCCUGGCCGCCGUGAGGGGGGGCCUGGGCGAGGGGGCGGCCCCGGGGGGCCGGGGGGAGGCGCAGCGGCGCAAGGACCGCGAGGAGCUGGCGCAGCAGUACGAGGCCAUCCUGCGCGAGUGCGGCCACGGCCGCUUCCAGUGGACUCUCUACUUCGUGCUCGGGCUGGCGCUCAUGGCCGACGGCGUCGAGGUGUUCGUGGUGGGCUUCGUGCUGCCCAGCGCCGAGAAGGACAUGUGUCUGUCCGACUCCAACAAGGGCAUGCUGGGCCUCAUCGUCUACCUGGGCAUGAUGGUGGGGGCCUUCCUCUGGGGAGGCCUGGCUGACCGGCUGGGCAGGAGACAGUGUCUGCUCAUCUCUCUCUCCGUCAACAGCGUCUUCGCCUUUUUCUCAUCUUUUGUCCAGGGUUAUGGCACUUUCCUCUUCUGCCGCCUCCUCUCUGGGGUAGGGAUUGGAGGGUCCAUCCCCAUUGUCUUCUCCUAUUUCUCGGAGUUUCUGGCCCAGGAGAAACGUGGGGAGCACUUGAGCUGGCUCUGCAUGUUUUGGAUGAUUGGUGGAGUCUACGCAGCUGCUAUGGCCUGGGCCAUCAUCCCCCACUAUGGGUGGAGCUUUCAGAUGGGGUCUGCUUACCAGUUCCACAGCUGGAGGGUCUUUGUCCUCGUCUGCGCCUUCCCUUCUGUGUUUGCCAUCGGGGCUCUGACCACACAGCCUGAGAGCCCCCGCUUCUUCCUGGAGAACGGGAAGCAUGACGAGGCCUGGAUGGUGCUGAAGCAGGUUCACGACACCAACAUGCGCGCCAAGGGGCAUCCGGAGCGCGUCUUUUCCGUGACCCACAUUAAGACGAUCCACCAGGAGGAUGAGUUGAUUGAGAUCCAGUCUGAUACCGGGACCUGGUAUCAGCGCUGGGGUGUCCGGGCCUUGAGCCUGGGGGGGCAGGUUUGGGGGAAUUUCCUCUCCUGCUUUGGUCCCGAAUAUCGACGCAUCACCCUGAUGAUGAUGGGCGUGUGGUUCACCAUGUCAUUCAGCUACUACGGCCUGACCGUCUGGUUUCCCGACAUGAUCCGCCACCUCCAGGCGGUGGACUACGCCGCGCGCACCAAAGUGUUCCCGGGGGAGCGUGUGGAACAUGUGACCUUCAACUUCACGCUGGAGAACCAGAUCCACCGAGGGGGGCAGUACUUCAAUGACAAGUUCAUCGGGCUGCGCCUGAAGUCAGUGACGUUUGAGGACUCCCUGUUCGAGGAGUGCUAUUUUGAGGACGUCACGUCCAGCAACACCUUCUUCCGCAACUGCACCUUUGUCAACACCGUGUUCUACAACACCGACCUGUUUCAGUACAAGUUUGUGAACAGCCGUCUGGUGAACAGCACGUUCCUGCACAACAAGGAGGGCUGCCCGCUGGACGUGACCGGGACGGGCGAGGGCGCUUACAUGGUGUACUUCGUCAGCUUCCUGGGGACGCUGGCUGUGCUCCCCGGGAACAUCGUGUCUGCGCUGCUCAUGGACAAGAUCGGCCGGCUGCGCAUGCUCGCCGGCUCCAGCGUGAUGUCCUGCGUCUCCUGCUUCUUCCUGUCUUUUGGGAACAGCGAGUCAGCCAUGAUUGCUUUGCUCUGCCUUUUUGGGGGGGUCAGCAUUGCCUCCUGGAACGCGCUGGACGUGUUGACUGUGGAACUCUACCCCUCGGACAAGAGAACCACAGCCUUCGGCUUCCUGAACGCCCUGUGCAAGCUGGCAGCCGUGCUGGGCAUCAGCAUCUUCACUUCCUUUGUGGGGAUCACCAAGGCCGCGCCCAUCCUCUUUGCCUCAGCUGCCCUCGCCCUUGGGAGUUCUCUGGCCCUGAAGCUGCCCGAGACCCGGGGGCAGGUGCUGCAGUGAGGGGUCCCCGGGGCUUCGGGGUGGCAGGCACACUGUGAGACCAACAGCCCCUUCUCUCCCCUCCCUGCCCUGCCUCUCUGGCCCCAGAGCCCUCCUCCCCCGCCCAUUUGGUGUCUUAGCCGUGUGUGCGCGUGUGUGCAUGUGUGUGACCCCGUGGGCAGGGACUACAGGGAAGGCCCCAGUUUCGGGGUGUAGCUCUUACUCCCCACCUCCUACCACCCUUGACUUUGCACAAGCAGAGGCUUGGCCCCUCCCUUCUCCCCCAGUGUUAGUGAAGGGCCCCCGCUAUUGCAGGCUCCAGAACAGGCUUCCGUCUGCCCCUUAAUUCCCUCUGCCCAAGCCCUGGGCAUGUGCUCCUGCUGGGGGCUGGGGCGCGAUGUGGGACAUGGACCAAAAGCUCUCCUCAGAGUCCGAAGGGCCACAGGUGCCCUCGCACACCUCCUGUUGGAUGCUGGGGGAGUAGCAAUAAACCUCAGCCCCCUGGCCUCCACUUCCCCCUCAGUGAAAUUAGCUUUCGGAGUCUUAUUUAUAUAUUAAGUUCUGAGGCAGCUUGGCAGGACUGUGUGCGCGUGUGUGCGCGUGUGAGCGUGCGUGUGUAUGUGUUGCGUGUGUAUGUGUUGUGGGGUGGGGGUGUCACUCUGCUGUCCUAAAAUACAAGUCAAGGGUAAUGUCAGUGGACGCGCACACGAUCCUGCCUCCCACGGUACUUCCUUAAUCCUGUGUUUGUGCCAGGCCUGGAGGGAGGAGCCCUGGGCCAGACUAAAGCUGAGAGUCCCACAGUCUCGGGAGAUCUGGGGGCCCCUGACAAGUCCAUCUCCGCUGCUCCUCUCGAGAAGCACAGGCCAUCUCUGGAGGGAGAGGCCCCACCCGCCAUAGCACAGAGAGGCACCGCACAGCCGCCCUACAUGCCAUACCCGUGCCCUCUCGGGCAGGAGCAGGGGAGGGAAGACACAGGCGCGUGGUCAAACCAGCAGAUCAAAAAGCACAAGGAGCUGGGGCAGGGGCAGGAAGCAGGGUCCUGCCAGCACCUCCUCUGAAGUGGGAAGUGGUUGGGCACCCCAGUGCAGGGACCAGGAGCCUCAGUUUCCCCAUCUCACCGUUCCACUGGAUCGGCCCUGUAGGUUAAGCUGCCCCUGCCCAACCCUACUCUGUGUGGCUGCUUUCUUUGGUGCCCCUCCUCACCCCCAUAGCUGUGAUGUGUUGUAGUUUUUAGCUGUUUGUAAAAUGUUAAAAAAAAAAGAAGUUAAAAGGAAAAAUGUGAAAACAACAACAAAAAAAAGAAAAUCCAAAUACACCCUCCUCAUGCUGCGUCUGGCGGGCCCCCUCCCACGGCCACUCCCCCCAUUUGUAACACUGAACCAGAUGGUGACUGUUCAACUCCUUGGUGUCUGUGCUCAAAGGACUGCCUUCUCCUCCAGUCCCCGGCGCCGUGCGCCCUCCCCCUUCACUUGCUGGACGCAGCCCUCUCCCCUGCACCCCCUGGAGGGACCCAUCCAUCUUCCUUAGUCUCCUGGGGAACCCUAAACACAACUCUGUUGAUGUGAAAAAUGAAAUGAAAAAUAUUGAUGAAAAAUAAAAAGGAAACAAAAUCCUCAAAAUCCAAAAAUGGCCGGGUCUGCUUUUUUGCCUCUCCGCCUGCGUUCCGCGCUGCGCUCCCCAGCCUGAAGGCCAGAGCACCGCCUCACGUUUACUUCCGGAGUUGGCUUCACUAUCCUGCUCUUUCCACGCGCACAGACAGAGGAGCCCUCUCGCUCGCCCAGGCUGGAAAGCUGGGGUAAUGUCCCACAACUCAGCAGCAAAGAAACUGAUAACCUGAUUAAAACCUGGACUAAGGGCUUGAACAGAGAUUACGCUGAAUUGCCAACAGGUGUAUGAAAAAGGCUGUCUCUCGUCAUCAGGAAAAUGCAAGCAAAACCACAAAGAGAGGCCACCUCAUACGUCAGGAUGGCUAUUACAAAAACACAAAAAACAAUGUGGAGAAACCAGAACUCCCGCGGGCUGUUGAUGGGAACUCAACAUGGUGUCGCUGCAAUGGAAGAGUAUGGAGGUUUUUCAGAAAGUUAAAAAUAGAAGUAUAUGACUCAGCAACUCCACUUCUGGGUAUUUACCCAAAAGAACUGAAGAGAUAAUAGCACUCCCAUGCUCACGCAGCGCUAUGAGCUAAGAUUCGGAAAUAACCCAAAUGUUCAUUCAUGGUUAAAAUGGAUGGUUAAAAUCUGCUAUACGCAUGCAAUGGGAUUCUAUUUGACUUAAAAAAAAAAAUUCUGCAAUAAUGUGACAACAUGGGUGAAUCAUGAGGACACUGUGCUGAGACCAGCCAGUUACAAAGAGAAAUACUGUAUGAUUCCGUUUGUAUGAACUAUCUAAAACAGCCACAUUCAUAGAAUCAAAGACUGGAAUGGUGGGGGAGAAAAAUCAGUGGGUUUCAGGUAAGUGCCAGUAAGUCACAGACAUCCGCUGCAGAGCAUCUUGCCCAGUUUGCUGAUGUAUUGUACACUUAGAGGGCAGAUCUCACGUCAAGUGUUCUUACCACAGGAGACUACAAAAAUUAAAAAAACAAAACAAACAAAAAAAAACAAACCCAAAUUAAACAGAUGGAAUGUUUCUUGAAAAUAGAAACUACUUUCCUGUAAAUCCUCUU